AUGACACUGGCUCAUGAGGAACCUGCAAUAUCAUCCAUCGCCAUCGCACCAGGAAUCGUGGAUACAGAUAUGCAAAAGGCGUUGAGGGAUGUUCACGGAGAUGUAAUGCCACACCAAGAACAGUCCAUUUUUAUAAAUCUGAAAGAAAGUGGCCAAAUAGUAAAACCGAGUGACGUUGGAACCGUCCUCGGAAAUCUUUCACUCAACAUGGAAAAAUCACUCAGCGGAAAGUAUCUCAAUUGGGACGAUACCAUCCUUGCAUCUUACCGUGGACACUAA